AUGCUCAUUUUUGCGAUCUGGGGACUUAUCAUCUACUACUCGAUCCUGCUCAUUAUCGCUAUCUGGGUUGCGCCGUCUGCACAGCUAAAGGAGCACAUGACAGUUCCUGUAGUGGAUAAUCCUUAUGGCUGUCAGACCAAAGAAACUCAUAAUCUAACAUCUGAUCAUGUUGUUCACGGAGGAUAUACUUACUAUAAUUUAUUUGAAUUUUUCGAGGACAUGAUAAAAGGAGAAGGACAACUAGGACAGCUUAUGACUCAACUCAUAUUUUCGAUAUUCGGCCACAUUUACGGCCUAAAUAGAAUUUGUUUCGUGAGAAGGUUUUACUUCUUGCAGGUAGAGGACUUGUGAAACCUUGUGAAGAAGUAAAAUUGAAGUUGUCCAAGGGUAGUAGAUACUUCAUUGAAUCAGCCUUGCCAAAGACUCUCUACGAAUUUUUAGCACGACUGUGAUUGGCCCAGACGAACAAAAUUUUGACAAUAUUCAGAUUCAGUUUCGUCCCGUUCUAAUUUAUCUCGGACCCAGUAGAAGGUACGAGUGAUGGGACUGUGUCGAGUAUCGCUUCGGCCGCAACAAGUGCUGUGACCGCAGCUGGAGUCGCCACAGGUGUCAUCAGUCCUGGCAGUACCACCGCUACCAGCGGUGUCGGUAGUCAUGUUAAUAUUCCCAGUACUGCUGGCAACAGCGCUGCUUAUUCUCUUAACGGGAAGCCCGUCACGAACGAUGUAGUCGACGGAAAUCCAUCAGUGAAAGGAUCAUCAUUCAUUUUGAGUGCUUCUGCAGCCGCCGCCAGUGCAGCUGCUGGGUCUUCACAAACGAGCAGCAUAACGACAGCAGCAUCUUCAGAAUCGGGAUUCGUAGCUUCUCUUAGGACUACAGCACAAGGGAGCCUACCUCCGGUGGCAUCGUCGCCGACAUCCUUCUCCAGUCUAGGCGAGAUGAGUAAAUCUGGUUCAACAUCGUCACGUAGAGCGGAAACUGUAUCAGCCUCAUCUGGCAGCACGACGAGAGUAUCCGUAGAAGAACAGAUGAAUAGGCGAGGAUUAGACAAGGGCCCGUCUUUACCGCUCAGCGCUGGUAGCUUAGAAGAUGUCCAGUCGAAAUCCGAUAGGAUUCUUCCUCAGCAGUCUUCGUUGACUGGGGUCACUACAGCCUUUGACCUUGUCGAUUCUAGGAGUUCCUCCUUCAUCGAGGCUGAACAGACAGGCG